AACAUCUAGGGAAGUGAGAAAGUGAAGACCCUCCAAAGCAAAGAACUUUAGAAAACCAGAAUCAAGUGUAAUUCCUCUAUGUCCUGAUAACCAAAGUAAAGAAUAACAGAUGUCAGUACCAUUUUGCCCCCAUAAAAUAAUCACAAAAGCUAAAGUUUCAGUCCUCAUAUUGGAGACUGGAAACAUACCCUGUUAUUCUUCUCUCUCUCUCUCUCUCUCUCUCUCUCUCUCUCUCUGCCCAUUUUCUGUUUUCAAAAUUUUUUUAACUAAUAAGCAUGAUUUCAUCACUACCCAGUAUUUAUAAGUUAUAAAUUCACACCCACAUGGGCAAUAGUUUAAGAGAAGCCUGAAGCCAACCCAACAUCAAUUAAUAGCGUGUAAGUGUGUGUGGUUUUUUUAUUCAGCUCGUGCAUAGAAGUUCAAGCCUGUCAGAACAUAAAACCAAGGUGGAGGAUUAGAAGCUGCAAGAGAAUAGAGAGAGGCAAUAGAAGUUAUUUGUUAUAUAUAUUUUUUUGGGGUUCAAGAGCUUUGGAAAUGGUGAGAGAUUGAAUUGUGUGGGGAGGGGGAAGGGGUGUUCUUGGAAUGGUGAUUCUGUGCUGGAUUUGGAUGGAUACAAAACCUAGGAAUAAAUGGUGUUACUGUUUUGAUCACAGAAGAAGACAACGCCAAUGUAGACAACAACGACAAACAUAUGCAGAUUUGGCAAAAGAGAAAAAACGAAGAAGUUUCUCAAACAUGGCUUCUAGUUGGUGUAGUGAGAUCUCACCAAUCAUUUCCAUUUUUGUCAGCUUUCUUCUUGUUUUUUCUUUAAUUUGUCCUGUUUAUUCGUCGGAGACCGGUAAUAGCCAUGCAACCAACCAAACUCUCCGGCCAGAGGAAGAGUUACAGAAGUUGAAGAUGAUAAGAGAACAUCUCAAGAAGAUUAACAAGCCUGCGGUGAAGACAAUUCAGAGUCCUGACGGGGAUCUUAUAGACUGUGUUUUGUCUCAUCAACAGCCAGCUUUUGAUCAUCCAAAACUGAAAGGACAGAAACCAUUGGAGCCACCUGAGAGACCAAAAGGGCAUAAUCCAACAGGGAUGGUUACUGAGAAUUUUCAGCUAUGGAGUAUGUCUGGUGAGUUGUGUCCAGAAGGGACUGUUCCAAUAAGAAGAACAAAGGAACAAGAUAUGCUAAGAGCUAGCUCCUUCAGAAGAUACGGAAGGAAACCAAGAAGGCAUGUUAGAAGAGACACUAACAGCAAUGGCCAUGAGCAUGCAGUUGGGUAUGUGAGUGGAGAUCAAUAUUAUGGUGCAAAAGCAAGUAUAAAUGUGUGGGCACCCAGGGUUGCUAAUCAAUAUGAAUUCAGCUUAUCACAAAUGUGGGUCAUUUCUGGUUCUUUUGGGAAUGAUCUUAACACCAUUGAAGCUGGUUGGCAGGUUAGCCCAGAACUAUAUGGGGACAACUAUCCCAGGUUCUUUACAUAUUGGACUACUGAUUCAUAUCAGGCAACAGGAUGCUACAAUUUACUAUGCUCAGGCUUUGUCCAAACCAACAAUAGAAUUGCAAUUGGGGCUGCCAUCUCUCCAACAUCCUCUUAUAAAGGUGGACAAUUUGAUAUCAGCUUAUUAAUUUGGAAGGAUCCAAAGCAUGGAAAUUGGUGGCUUCAAUUUGGAAAUGGGGUUCUAGUUGGGUAUUGGCCAUCAUUUUUGUUCACUCACCUGAGGGAUCAUGCAAGUAUGGUACAAUUUGGUGGAGAAAUUGUGAAUUCCAGGCCAUCAGGGUUCCACACUUCUACCCAAAUGGGAAGUGGCCAUUUUGCAGGAGAGGGUUUUGGAAAAGCCUCGUAUUUCAGAAAUUUGCAAGUUGUUGAUUGGGACAAUAAUUUAAUUCCCUUAUCAAAUCUGAAGGUUUUGGCUGAUCAUUCAAAUUGCUAUGACAUUCAAGGAGGGAUUAAUAGAGUUUGGGGUAAUUAUUUUUACUAUGGAGGGCCUGGAAGAAAUGUGAGAUGUCCCUAAGGGAAUGGUAUAUGCAGAUUUUUUUUUGGUUAUUUUUUUUCUCUUGUUGGGUGAUAUGGGUUUCUUCUCAAGAUCAUGGGUGAGUUUGGGUUAUUCUUAUAUUUAUUACCUUGUUAAUCCAUUUUUUUCUUUUGUAAAUUUUACCUUUCAACUAACAGGUGAUUUAUUAAUUAUACCAGUACACUCUUAGGGAUUUAUGUAAAUGUGGAAAAGAAAUAUUACUGAAUAUACCAUGGCUUGUGAUUUUUCUUUU